AUGGCCGACUUCAAUGCUAUCGCUCAGCAGUUCGUGCAGUUCUACUACCAGACCUUCGACGAGAACCGCGCUGGCCUGGCUGGUCUCUACCGUGACCAGUCUAUGCUCACCUUCGAGACUAGCUCAGUCCAGGGUGUCGGUGCCAUCACCGAAAAGCUCGGCGUUCGUCGUCCCCCCCCCCCCCCCCCGAAUGCCCGACCUCCAGGGGCUCUCCCCUUCCAGAAGGUCCAGCACCAGAUUGCUACCUUCGACGCCCAGCCUUCCAGCGGAGAUGGCAUCGUUGUCCUGGUGACCGGUGCCCUUUUGGUCGAUGAGGAGCAGAAGCCCAUGAACUACACCCAGUGCUUCAAGCUGCAGCCCGAUGGCCAGGGCAGCUACUUCGUCCUCAACGAUGUCUUCCGCCUGAUCUACAGCGCCCAGUAA